CUAAAAUAAUCACCAGUUGUCGCUAGUUGUCAUGUUCGACUCCAACAGUGAGCAAUUCCUCACAAUUCCUUCUGCCCGUUCACUUGCGAGAGACAUUCGUCGUUUGUUGUAUCGCACCACGUGAAAAACAAAAUGGAUAAGCCAGUAGUUUUGGCACGUGUCAUCAAGGUCCUGGGACGCACAGGCUCACAAGGACAAUGUACACAAGUAAAGGUGGAGUUCCUGGGUGAGCAGAAUCGACAAAUCAUCAGGAACGUGAAAGGCCCGGUUCGCGAGGGUGAUCUCCUAACCUUACUCGAAUCUGAGCGUGAAGCAAGAAGACUCCGAUAAUCGGAACAACAGUUUUGAUCGACGCGGAUAAAAUCGUUGCCAGCCAGGAUCCGGAUUCUAUCGCUUUCCAGGAGUUUACCAAGCGACACACAUGGUUCACAACCAGAAGUUUACUAAGCGAAAUACAUGGAUUACAUCGAUCGUGGAUGACGCACAUUUCGGCACACGUGCUUCUCAAAGAUGGCGUAUGGGCAAUGUUUAAUUGUUCAUAAAUAUCUAUGUAUCAACACAUACAUCAAUAGAUUUUUCGAGAAGAACCCACGAAAUAAGACUGCAGUCCAUUUGAGACAUUCCUGUUUCAUGAAUGUCACUAUUUCAAUAAAUUUUAGCUGGUAACCAUAA